CUCAUCAUCAGUGUGUGCUGCAGCUUACAUCCAUCCCCAGAAGAUGUCCUGCUAUGAUUUGUGCUCCACCACCACCGGUGGCAUCAGCUGCCCCCAGCCCAUCGCUGACAGCUGCAAUGAGCCCUGUGUCCGGCAGUGCCCCGACUCCACAGCCGUGAUCCAGCCACCUCCUGUUGUUGUCACCUUCCCUGGGCCCAUCCUCAGCUCCUUCCCCCAGCAAGCUGUGGUGGGAUCCUCUGGAGCGCCCGUUCUUGGGGGCUUUGGGGGCUCCUCCCUGGGCAUUGGGGGUCUGUAUGGCUAUGGAGGCUCCUCACUGGGCUAUGGGGGUCUGUAUGGGGGCCUUGGGAGCUAUGGGAGCUAUGGAAGCUCCUCUCUGGGCUAUGGGGGUCUGUAUGGGGGCUCCUCCCUGGGCUAUGGGGGCCUUUAUGGCUAUGGUAGGUCCUAUGGUUCUGGCUAUUGCAGCCCUUACUCCUACCGAUAUAGCAGAUAUCGUCGUGGCAGCUGCGGGCCCUGCUAAAUCAUGCAGAAAUAACCUACAAGAAUAUCCAGUGACUCCGUGAUACAUAGCAGUAGUCCCAAAGGAGAUGAAGUUGUGAUUGGUCCCAUCCCACUGCAGUGGAGCUGGGAGCACACAGAGCAUCUUUAAUCGCCUCACAUUCUACUCAUGGCUUCUUUGAAUAUUUUUUCCUCCUGUGCGUACAGUUUGGUGGUUACUAUAAGCAAUCUUAAUCCUUAUGAAAUGAUAUUUCACCAAAGAAUAAUUAUGGAAUGAUCUGUCUGCACUCCAAUGUUUA